CAUAAACGCAGAUUAUCGGGUUAAUUUAAUUUACACUAUACAUAAAUGCAUUUAGCUUAAGCGUACCUAUGUAUGUAGCUAUGUACUAUGCUAGAGCAUCGCAAUCGCAUCGUUUGUAUGGAAACCUGAUUCGUCCAGACAGCUGUAUGAACGCGUAUCGCAGCCUUCUAAUAACCAGACCACUUACAACAAAGUGGACAUCCCAUCGACAGUCUCAAACCAGACUUCAGGCCAGCCUUCAGCCUACGAAUACCACAUCAAAACCGUCGCCAUCAUCGGUGACUCGAGCCAGCUAAUGAAUCUGACCGAUAUCCUGAACAGAAGCUUGGGCGAAAACCUAUCCUACGAAAAUAACGAAAUAGAUCAUCUCAGUAGACCGAGAAGAAGUACGAAUGAAACCGCAGCUGCUUCCAACAUCUUUAUGACAAACAUCACCGCCCCAAAAUCCAAAGAUAUCACACCCAGCUCAUCGUCCAAUCGACUACACAACGUAACCUCAUCAUCGAGCAACACCAGUUCAUCCACUGGAGCAACGAAAGACCUCACUAAAAGAUCAUUCUACCCGGGCCAUUCCCUUAACCAUGGCCGAGCUCGUACCCAACAACCCGAAAUGACCCAAGCCAUCAUGGAAGAGAACCCCAACCCAUCCGAAGACUACCCCGCCUACCAUCGACGAUCUUCCAUCGGUGGUCAUUUCACCAGCGCUGCUGCCGAAGACGACGAACAACACGAUAUCGAGGACUUCUUCCGUAAAAACGUGCCCAUCUAUGAUGGAGUACCGAUAGCUCGACGAGGCUAUCAAGGAUCCUCGUCGGCGGCUGUAUCUCCUAAAAAAUAUUAUCAUUUUUCACCCUCUCCUUUGGCUGCUGACGGAGAAGAAGAAGAAGAAGAGGAAGAUGGCGGAUUCGGAGGCGGAGGAGGCAAACCGAUGAAAGGGUUGCUCGAAGUGGAUCACGACGAAGACAUGGAUCACGAAUACGUUCCAAUGAAAGUAAACCAUCUCGGUAAACAAAUCGUAAUGGAAGAUGAAGUAGCCCAAGACGAAGAAGCAGAUGAUCAACCUUUGUACCCGUACUAUCCAGCCAAGAAUUACCACCAUCAUACGGACGAUGAUGACUCCGGAUUCUACAGCAGUAAACCUGGGGCACCUUCUAGUCAUCCUUACCCAUUCGAGAAUUCGUAUUCGUCUGCCUUCAAAUCAUCGUCACCGUAUCAUUAUCAUCAUCAAAGCGAUUACCCUUCGUCGCCAUCUUUCUCGUCAGGCAGUUCUUCGCCUUUUUCAUCGGCAGGAUCUCCAUCCAAAUAUGGUACUUCUCAUCAAUACAACUCUUUGGCUGAUCAGCAGCCCAGAUAUUAUAAACAUUUCAAACCGUCUAUCCCCUAUCCUGCUCACGAUGACGAUGACAGACCCGCUGCACCUUCCUAUUCAUCGUACUCAUCCCCUACUCGACUUUCCAGUUACCCUACUCCUCCUACUCGAAGCACGUAUUACAAUAAUCACGACUUCGUGCCGAAACGAGCCCCAUCAGGAGGAGGAGGAGGUAUAAGAGGCGCUUACGCUAGCAAAUACCCGACCAGAAGUACCCACGUGCCUCAGACCUUGGAAGAAUACCAUCGUCUGCACGGUACCUUCGACACGAGGAAGAAAAACGCCAACCCUAGACCUUACAGUAGACCCAUUAUCGUACCUCAAGACGACAAUCAUAAAGAAGAAGACGAAGAAGAAGAAAAAGAUAAAGACACAGCCGAUUACACGAGUAGCAGAGGUCCUAAAUCAUUCGUAUCGUUGAAUUUUGGCACAACUGGAACCUCUGCUGAGUCUGACGACGAAGGUGUUUCAGUUCGACACGAAAUAGGUCACCAUUUCAAACCACGUAAACCGUACUUUAGACCAGCUCUGCCAGAGAACACCGACGCAGAUGACGAAGAAGAACCUCAACAUCAAGAAUACCAAGUAGAAUAUCCAUCCGAAUCGAUCUCCGGAUCGACCAAGUAUCGAGGCAGUGGUGGCGACGACGAUGACGACGAAACGUCUCCCGGAGCGAUCAAAAAUUUCGUCGAGUCGGUUUUCAAACAGAACAAGAACUACGAUCCGGAUAUAGUAGUGGGUAAAAAAUCGCAUCUCGUGUCACCCUAUAAUCCGCAUUUCGGCGAACGAGUCAAACAAAAGACACCGGAGCAGAAUUUGCUCUGGCAUAGAAAAAGCUCCGAUGCGAGAGUAGCUCGCGAUAAACAAUCACGAGAUAAAAAUGAUAGACUGUUGCACGAAGAGAAUAUCAAAAUGUACGAUAGCCUGGUCAAAGAGGUUACGAUGAAACCGGCUAAAAGAGAUGCUGAUACGGAUGACCGAAGUCAGGAAGAUGAAGAUGAGCAGAAGACGUCGUCUACGUUAGCCACCCCUGUGCCUCAAGAAACACAGACCAAGCCGACCGAAGUUGAACCAGAGGAUGAUAAGCCUCAGUUCAAGUACUGGAGUAAGACCAGCUCGGAACCUAAUUGAAGAUGAGUUGACUGGAAUAGGUACAUUUGCGAGCUUCGGUUUGAAUUUUUUUUUAGAUGCCAUUGGUAAUGUUUUACUGUACUGACCCGACCCUCCCCCCUUAUCACUCUGAGAUGAAUUGUGUUUUUAUAAUAAUGGCAAUACCUGAUGUUAUGAUGUUGAAUGAAGGCGUAGGUACUUUUUAAUUUGUACGUGAAUUACUGUGAUACCCUUUUGUUACCUUUACGAGUAUUUUAAAGUAAAUUUUAAUAAAUAAAUAUUAUGUAUCUAAAUACCUAGUAUCUAAGUAGAUGAAAUAAAUAUAUA